GAGAGAGAGAGAGCGAGAGAGCUGAGAGGUCUGCAGAGCAGCAGAGAGGCUAACGGCUAACAGCGGAGCUAGCUGUCCUCUGAGGACAUCCCAGCAGAGACAUGAAGACAUGAAGACACCGAGCAGACUGAUGACAGCAUGACAUCACCUGCAGGGAGCCGGUAACCUUCACAGGGUGAUCAGGUGUGUGUUGUUCCAGCAGCAGGAUGCCCGCCCCCCCACCUCCUCCCCCACCACCUGGGGGACCCCCACCUCCCCCCACCUUCAGCCAGGCCAAUACCAGCGCCCCCAAGCUGAGCAGAGAGGAGGCUAAAGGUCGCGGCGCUCUGCUGACGGACAUCUGUAAUGGCUCCAGGCUGAAGAAGGUGGCGGUGGUGAACGACCGCAGCGCUCCGCUGCUCGACAGUAAGAGCCAAACACCAAAGAGCCAAACACCUCCCACAGAUCACCCAUACAUUCGCUUAUACCAAUACCUACACCAGCAACAGAGCCAGCCUCAGCAGCAGGGGGCGCCGUCUGAGGAGCAGCAGAGGACGGCCGCCGAUAAGAGCUCCGCUCUGACACUAGAGAAGCCCAAAGGAGGCAGAACAGCAACAGGGGGAGCCAAUGGCAGUGCGGCAGGAAGUCCGUCGGGUUCCGUUCCACCAAUCGGAGGGCUGUUCACGGGCGGAGUCCCCAAACUGAGACCGGUCGGAGACGGGUCUUCUGGGCGUUCUCGAGCCGCAGCGCCGCGUCCCCCCAGCCAUCGCCAUGACGACACAGAGAGCCCCUCUCCUCAGGCGCUGUCGCCCGUGGAGACGAGUCGCUCCCAGCGUCCCUCUCUGCCCAACCUGACCUCCUCUCCCUCCCCCUCCUCCCCAUCCUCCGCAGCCUCCUCCCCCUCCAGCAGCAUGAAGCACUCCUCCUCCGCCCCCCCGCCGCCUCCUCCUCUCUGUCGGCGUGGUAACGCCCCCUCCCCUCCUUCCUCCUCCUCCUCCUCGUACAACAGGGAGAAGCCCCUCCCCCCGACGCCAAACAACACCCCGCCCCUCCCCUCCAAACCUCCUCCGUCUCCUGGCAACAGCAGACGCCCUCCCACCUCAGGAGGAAACCCCGCCUCCUCCACCUCUUCCUCCUCCCUGGCCCCGCCCCCUCCGCCCUACCGCAUCACUAACGGUCCGACAGGCGGCGGCGAGGCGGCGCCCGAGCUGCCGCAGCGUCACAACUCCCUCAGCAACAAGAGGACCGCCCCCUCGCCGGGAGGCCACACCCCCACCAGAGGCCCCGCCCCUCCUCCACCCCCCGCCUCCCCCACCCCCUCCCAACAGGGCGCCAACAGGCCACCGCCGCCCGUCAGAGAGACGCCAGGUAGAGGAGCAGCUCCUCCUGUUCCCGUCCAGCCGUCGUCGUUGAGGGCCGGCGGUAGAGAAGCUCCGCCCCCUCCUCCUUACAGGACUCAUGGUAGCCCCUCCCUCUCCGCUGACCCCCCCGCUAGAGGGAAACCUCCUCCCCCGCCCACCCGCACCCCCGCUGCUCCUCCUCCGCCUCCUCCUCCUCUCCGCAACGGACACUCCUCCUCCUCCAUCCCUCGCUCAUUUGUCGAUGAUUUUGAGUCCAAGUAUUCGUUUCAUCCUCUGGACGACUUCCCUCCUCCAGACGAGUACCGACACUUCGCCAAGAUCUACCCCAGCAAGGCCAACAGAGUCAGUGAACACGGGGGGUUCAGAGGUCACCGGAAACACAUGAAGAAGAACUCUGGUCACAUCCGGCGGCUCCACAUGUUGAACCACCAGCUGCUGUUAGCAGGUUCGACUAACACGGAGAACACGGAGAACACGGAGAACACGGAGAACACGGAGAACACGGAGAACACGGAGGAGCUGAACGUCAUCAGGCUGCCGCAGACGGAGGAGAAGCAACCGGACAGGAAGAAGAAGAAGAAGAAGAAGAGGCCUCGCGCAGCGAGCAGCGAGCCGCAGGAAGAGGCUCUGAAGCGGCAGAAACACGUCCAGAGUCUGUCAGAGCUGCGAGAGAAGGACAGCUCGGUUCAGCUGCUGGAGGAGCUGCUGUUCGGACAGGAGGACCAGCUGCUGGACAAACUGCUGCUGCAGGUAACUGACAAACUGCUGCAGCAGGAGGAUGAGCAGCAGACUGGAAGCUUACUGGUGGAGGACGAUGGAGACGAUGGGUCGGCUGAAUCGGAGGACGAGGACGAGGCUGGUGUGCAGCUGCAGCCGCCUAGAGGGGGGCCCGCCUGGGUGGACGAGGAUGACGAGCUGGAGGAAGAGGUGGACAUGAAGCAUCGUUACCGUAGAGACCUGAUCAGAGGAGAGGCUGAGUCCACCAUGACCAAACCCAAACUACAGCAGAGGAUGAGAGAGCAGUUUCAGAAGUCGAUGGGAGGAGCUCCAUCGUGGGCAGAGAGCGACAAGAAGAAGAAGAAGAAGCAGCAGAAGAAGAGAGAUGAUGAUGAUGAUGAUGAUGAUGAUGAAGAUGAAGAGGAGGAUGAUGAUGAGCUGCUGAGGAGGACGGGAAACUUUGUGGCGUCUUCAGACCGUCUGCCGAGCGGCGUCCUGAGAAUGAAGAAAUGUCUUCACGCUAACAGCGCCCGUCCAUCAGAGGACCGACUGACCACCGUCCAGUUCCACCCCUCCGCCCAGGUCGUCAUGACAGCUGGCCUCGACCAAUCGGUGUCCCUCUUCCAGGUGGACGGGAAGACGAACCCGAAGAUCCAGAGCAUCCACCUGGAGCGCUUCCCCGUCCACAGGGCACAGUUCAGCCGGGACGGCGAGACGGUGAUCGCCACCAGCCUGACGAACAAGAUGUUCUACCUGUACGACAUGAUGGAGGGCCGGGUCACACCUGUCCACACCGUCAGAGGUCUGAGUGAAGCCAGAGUGAAGGAGUUCUCUGUCUGUCCUGAAGGAGGAGCUCUACUGCUCACUGGGACCAACGGAUACCUGCACCUCCUCACACUCAAGACGAAGGAGGUGGUCCGCAGUCUGAAGAUCAACGGUGAUGUCAGCGGCGUCGCCUUCUCUCACGACGGCAGCAAAGUCUACGCCAACUCAGAGGACGGGGAGGUGUAUGUGUGGGACAUGCGCAGCAGUCGCUGUGUUAACAGGUUUACAGAUGAAGGCUGUGUGAAGGGGACGUCCAUCGCCGCCUCACCUAAUGGACAGUACCUCGCCUGCGGCUCUCAGUCGGGCGUGGUCAACGUCUACUCCCAGGAGGCGUGUCUAAAUUCAGCCAAUCCCAAACCUCUGAAAGCCGUGAUGAACCUGCUGACCUCCGCCACCUCUCUGACCUUUAACCCCUCCUCUGAGAUCCUCGCCAUCGCCUCCAGAGCCGAGGACGAGGCUGUACGCCUGGUCCACCUGCCCAGCCUCACGGUCUUCUCCAACUUCCCCAUCUCUAAGAGGAAGAUCGUUUAUCGGACCAGCUGCCUGGACUUCUCCCCGCACAGCGGCUUCUUCUCAUUGGCUAACAACAAAGGACACGCCCCUCUCUUCAGGUUGCUUCAUUACAAAGACUUCUGAGGACUACAGGACCACUCCUCCACUCCUCCACUGUUCUAGCAGCUGAUUCCUCAUGAACACAGUAAACUGUCACUGCAUCUGAUCAUUUAAUAAAUCACGUUGCAUCCAGCAGGGAAAUAUUCAGAACUUCAGCUUCAAGUCUCUGAAAGCUGAGAAGUGAUGAUGGAUUUUAGAAAGUGAUCAUCAGGAGCAGCAGGUUGAUCAGAUGUGUUGUUCAUGGGGUUUGGCUGAGAGGUGGAGCGCCGCGCCGCGGUGGAACCAGAUCAACCAUGUUUGUUUUAUAUUGUUUCUAUGAAGUCAUUUUAUAAAGAACUAAAACGAUUCAACGUGUGUUCCGUCUGUGUUUGUCUCCUGAUCAGUGAACAUAAGGUGUAAAUCAGACGGGCUUUUUUAAUGCUGAUAUUCUGUAUAAUGCUAAUCAAUCAUUAUUCUAAUAAAGCUUCUCUCAACAGAA